GACAUUAUUGACACCAAAUGUCAUAAAAUUACUAAUAUUUCUAAUAAUUCCAAUUAUCUUAGAAAAACUAAUAAAAUGAACCGUUUAUUCGGCAAAGGCAAGCCCAAAGAACCCGGCCCGAGCAUUUCUGACGUCAUAACGGGGGUGGACCAAAGGGCGGAAGCGGUGGAAAAGAAAAUCAACGCCCUCGAAAAUGAUUUGCGCAAAUUCAGAGAUCAAAUGUCGAAGAUGCGAGAGGGCCCGUCGAAGAACGCCGUCAAGCAAAAGGCCCUUCGGAUACUCAAACAGAAGAAACUCUACGAGAACCAAUUGGAGAACCUCAGGGGCCAGUCGUUCAACAUGGAACAGGCCAAUUUCGCGGCGCAAACACUCAAAGACACCCAAAUCACGGUGGCCGCGAUGAAAGACGGCAUGAAAGAGAUGAAGAAGGAAUUCAAGAAGAUCAACGUCGACGAUAUCGAUGACGUUCAAGAUGAACUGGCCGACAUGCUGGAGCAGGCCGAUGAGGUCCAAGACGCGUUAGGUAGAAGCUACAACACGGUGGACGUCGAUGAAGACGAAUUGGCCGCUGAACUGGACGCUUUGGGCGAUGAAAUCGCUUUGGACGAUGAUCAAAGUUAUUUAGACGAUGUUCUCAAGGCCCCCGAAGCACCGUCUACGAAACCUGAAUCGUUACCGGCCGAUCCCUCGAAGAAGGAUACCGUGCCUGUUGACGAAUUCGGAUUACCUCAGCUUAAGUAA